AUGGAGUUCUAUCAGGACGCGCUUAUUAAAUUUUUCGAUUUCUUUGUCAUCUUCUUUGAACAGCUCGUCGUCCAGUUUAUCCAGCUUCCAAGCAUGGUGAACAAAAACAUGCCGAGAACAUUCGGUGACAGCUUGAUCCACUCUUCGCACAUAGACGUGCUUGUCGAAGAGCACGAUUCGUUCCCCUUACAUGAACUGCCUACUGGAAACAGCAGCGAAGAAGAACGGAAGAUCGGAAAUAUUAUUGCUGAAAAUUUGGUGGACAAUGGCUCAACACUUCAAAUGGGGAUAGAAAAAACCACCAAUAAAACGUAA